ACAAACGAAAAGUUAAAAAGUUCGCUCGGUUCGCUGUCCCUGUUCUCUCGGGAUUCGUGACUGAAGGAGUGAGAGGAGAAAGCCGCCCGCGCCGCCGGACAAACUGUUGGACAAACCGCCCAGCGCAUAAACUUGAUCCUGUCAGAAACCUGCACGUGUGAAUAACCCUAGGCUUGAAUCGCUUUCUCUUCAACAAUUCUUGAAAAGCCAUGCAUGAAAGAUCGCUCACUGCGGUUGUUUUCUCUCUAUAGCAAAACUUUCCCCCCUGUCAUCGGCUUGCUCAAUGUUGGAUCAGGCGUCAGAUGGUCAGGUGGCCCAACCUCACUGCUGUUCUACAGCUGCUUGCUCUUCACAAAUCUGUGAUCGGAGAUGAUGUUGUCCGCUGGCCGGUCCGCCUUGCCCUUCACACCGAGCAGUUCAGGGGCGUCGAGGGCAAUGCGCUCCAGGGAACCGUAGCCGCAGGCUUUAUCGUCGACGUUGCCGUCGGCACACCGCCACAACAGCUGACUUUGUUUCUGGACACCGGCAGCAGUGACGUUGCCAUCGCCUCGUAUCCGGAACGCAAUUUAACGACGUAUUUCGACACGAACAAAUCUGCAACGUACAAGUCGAAUGGCGAGUAUGUAUCGAAGAGGUUUGUCGAGGGUUCCUACGGGGGCACCGUGGGCAGCGACGUGCUGCAGGAUCGGGCGGGGGUCCUGGCCCUCAGAGUGGCCCUCGUUGCAAUAUCUUCCUCGGCGGACAUGUUCCCCAACCAGUCACACUGGCAGGGGCUGUUGGGCCUCGCAUUCCCGGCUCUGUCAAAGCAAACCAGCUUUAUGCAAGUGCUAGACACACAAAAAGGGAUCAAACACUUUGAACUCAGCCCUUGCACAAGAGAGAAGACGAGCACAUUCGACAACACUGGUGUCCUCGAGUUUGGCGGGAGAGUCUCCGAGGCGACUGCGUACACGGCCGUCGUGAGGGAGACAUACUUCGAAAUUGCGCUGCUCGACAUCCGCGUUGGGCACCACGUGUGGCCGGGAUCCUGCACGGAGCUGAACAGAAGUCCCGUGAUAGUCGACAGUGGGACCACGGAUCUGAAGUUCCUCCGCCCCGUCUUCGAUUGGGUGUUCGACACCCUGGGGAGCUUGGGGAUCUACAACCUGUCUCGAGACGCAGGGACAGUGUACUGCCUGGAGGACGGAUUCGUGACCGCCGGCUUCCCGGACGUGCACCUCCAUUUUCCGGACUCUAGCGGCAAGGUGUUUGAGCUGGAGCUGACUCCCGAGGCACGUUUGUUUCUCCCCGUCAGAGCCGCUCCUUUAAAUGUGGUUUGGCUUUUGAUUGACUGCUGCUCCUAUCGGUGCUCCCAACAGGUCUAUUUUCAACGGGUGAAGGUCACGACUGGAGACAGGGCUUGCUACAAGCUCGGGAUCGGUGCUUCGGAGUUAGGUACCGUGAUCGGCUUCAAUGUCCUGAGAAGGUUGCACACGGUCUUUGACCUCAAGAACAAGCGUGUCGGCUUUUCUAAGCUCCACUGUGCCAAGGGAGGCGUUGGUGUCGUCUACACAAACUACAGUUACACAGGUCACUCUUGCGCUUGGGACUUUGUUACCAUGGAGGACAACGCCUGGACCAUACUCCUCUACGUACUCAUCUUCAUUGUUGUAAUGUGUGCCAUUCCGUCGACAGUGAUCCUGUUCAUUUGGAUCAGGAAGAAGGUUAGGAUCUACAGAGCCAGAACUACAACAGAGGGAGUCGGCCUUGUAGAUUUUUAAAAGCAGCUGGAGAUUUUUUUUUUUUGUUCUUUUUCUUGGGCGUUGUUUGGUGGUUUUAGCAUGUGCCAACUUUAUUCUUUUCAUUUCCCUUAUACGUUUUACUGUUUUAAAGUUUACCUGUACAUGUACAGUUUUAUUGCGCCUACUAGUUGUUCUGGGGCUCAAUUUUAUUUUUAACAAUGUUUACCUUUGCGUGCAUGUUGAGAAAAAUAAAAUUGUACAAUUUU